CGUUAACUCAACAUCAACCUGCGAUACAUAACCUCAUAAUUACGUAACCGACAUAAUCAAGUUGAAUAUUUCUAUUAUAAAGUUAAGAUAUGUCGGAUCCAUUCAUCAUAACAACCGGCCCUCCGUCCAUCGGAAAGGGUCUACGAUUAAGCAAAGUCCGAUCGCAUGUCGCACGCAAGUUUCAUCAGCAGCAUAAACAACAGACAGAUCACUAUCAACAGAUUGCGAAACGGAUAUCAAAUUCCAAUAUUCAGCGUAAAAAUCAUCAGCAUGUAGAGUUCCCGGUUGAUCCGAUGAUUCCUGUGAGGCAUAAUACUACUUCUGGCAACGAAUACCAUGGAUUAGUGACAUCCGUCGGGGAGAGGGUGGUAGAAUCCAAUCAUCAUGAUGCCCCGGAAUCAACAGCUAUGGUACAAGAACUCGCAUUGUUGAGAAUCGAUCCGACGAGAGUGUUUAUUAGUCAAAAGGUUUGUGAGAGGAUGCAGCAAUUCGUAUAUCAACAUCUAACAGUCUCUCACCAUAACCACCCCUUCUUCCGUGUCGUCAUCCCAGCCUCUGUACUGCACGUACCCAUGAUGUCCGUCAAAGUGCUUAAUGCGACUCUCUACGACGACCUACAGCAAACCCGCUCCGGCGAAUCGGUCAGCACGGUGACGCUCUGGCAGCGCCAGAUCUCGAUGAGACUUCUGACGGAAAGCCUGCAUCGGGAAGAGGAAGCUCUCAGCGAUGCGAAUAUUGCGUCAUUGAUUAGUUUUUUGUCAUUUGAGAUGGUAACGGAUAACGCUGAGGCGUAUCAUUUGCAUAAGAAAGGAAUUCAAGUCAUGAUCGAGCGGAGAGGUGGGAUCGAUGAAUUAGGGUUCGAAGGGCAUCUUAAAAACGGAAUCCUUAUUACGCGCGAGCUACAAAAAAUCCUACCGGGCUUUGUUGACACGACACGAUGCCCUUCCAUAUUCGACGACCCUGCACCCCAUAAUCAACGGAUUCAGCGUAUCCAUGACAUGCGAUGGAUCAAUGCACCAGUUGAUCUGCGAAUGUUUACAUUCGACUGCAUACCAGCUGACCAGUCGCACAUCGCCGUACUUGGCACAGACAUGUGUCGACUUCUCACGUCCUUUUAUGAGCUCGUCACUUUACCUAUUCGAGCCACCAGGUUGCAAGAUGAUGAGAACGGUACUACCCGGGAAGAACAGAGAAAGCGCUACGAAAAGCAAUGGCUGUCUUUGUACACCACCAUCCUCUUCUUCUCCCCAUCCUCUUCUCCUGCUUCUAACUUCGAUACUUUCACCACCCCAAUCAUCAACGUCAUCCGCCACACCGCUCUCCUCUUCACACUCUCCCCAUCCUCAGCCACUACCGAUACGUCAUCUCUCCUCGACCAGUUUGAGCGAUUACUAAACCAAAGCGAGCUCCAAUCACUAUGGGGUCCGCUUCCUGGCGCCCUUAUCUGGUGUCUAGUCAUCGCCGCUCGUGCCAGUCCAUCACGAAGUCGGAUCAGGAUGUGGUUAAUGAUGCAAAUCACGCGAACCGUGUGGCCGUUGGCGCUGGAUUUGGCGGACGAAGUGCUCGGCAGCACGCGGGUUGUUGUACUGGGAUUGGAUGAGCUGAUAGCCUCUACUUUUGACCGGUUGUUACAAUCCAGUCAUAAUAACCAUUUACCCUUUCACUAGCUAAUAUAUACAAAUAACACUUAUUCAAUACACAUCACUAUUGAAGCAAUCCAUAACCCUGUUCUCUGA